CGAGACACACUGUGUAGUGCCGCAGAUCUUGAAGAUUAUCGUGUACAAUUAAAAUAAGAAACGAGAGAGUGGUGAAGCCGAGUGACGCGUAGCGAAGUUCUGCCCGAUGUCGUCAGAAAAAAUGGCCAUCGCUGCUUCGGAGAAUUAUCAACUUAAAUGGCAUAGCUAUGGCGCGCAUCUGCACAGCUCUGUCGCGACAUUACUCCACUCAGAAUCCUUCGCAGAUGUAUUGUUAGCAACGUCCUGUGGCCGGCACGUGGCCGCUCAUCGAUUUGUCCUUGCUGCCUGCUCGUCGUAUCUCAGUCAUAUUUUUCAAACAUGCCAUUUUGGUGCGAAUACAAAUGCUCCAAUAAUUGUGGUAUUACCAACAGAAAUUGGAUAUCGCACAUUAAAAAUUUUGAUUCAAUACAUGUACAGCGGUGAAGCUACGGUAACAAAUGAUCAGUUAGAGGGUGUUUUAAAAGCGGGUGAUAUAUUGCGUGUACGCGGUUUAUGGAGAUCUAAUAGUGGAAGUAAAAAGGAGAAUAUACAAUCGAAUAACCAAAAAGUAGAUCGAGAAAAACGAGAGCAGCCACCUUUAACUGGACAAAUUCAAAAGAUUAAAUUGGUACAACCCAGUACAGAAAAAAUUGUCGAAAAUGCGCAACAGAGUACACCUGUGCAAAAUAACGUUCAACCUCAGAAACCUACCUCAGAGAGAAAGAGUAUUGAGAAAAUCGAGGAGAAAAUUAGUGAACCAGAAUCUAAAAAGGUAUUAGAGGAAAAUAAAAAUAACGAACAAAAUAAAAAUAAAGAAAAUGUAGAAACCAAUGGAAAGAAAAAAAAAACAACAAACAGCGAUGUGGAAUCUAAUAAAUCUAAAAGCGAAGAUGGUGAAAAUACCGAAUUGAAUCUGGAACUUUUAGUAAAAGAUGAACCAAUCUGGGAGGAAACUAUCGAUCCAUCGGAGUCAUUAACGAUAGACCAUGAGAUUGAUAUAAAACCGGAAAUCGUACAUAGUGCGGACGAAGAAGAAGAAUAUAGCCCAUUAACGUGUGAUAUGUGCAGUCAAACAUUUAAUCGGCCAUCAGAUUGGGUAAGACACAUUGAAUUUACACACGCUGAUAUGACUGAAAAUCGACGGAAAAAAAGGAAGGGUGAUGUGGAUGAUGAUAGCAAAGAUUUUCCACCUUUAAAAUGUGAUCUCUGUGGUAAUAUGUAUUCAACGCCUCAAGAAUGGGUACGUCAUAUACAGACGGAACAUACAGAAGAGCAAUUAGCUUUAAUGAAUAACUCGGCGCCUCCUAAGCCAAAAAGGGUUCACAGUCAUCAAAAAUUGUGCAACAUUUGUCAAAAAGAAUUUCCAAGCCAUGCAUCAAUGGUAAUUCAUCAAAGAACACAUACAGGGGAGAAGCCUUUUCUUUGUUCCUAUUGUAAAAAAGGCUUUAACGUAAAAAGUAAUUUGCUGAGGCAUUUAAGGACAUUGCAUGACAAAUAUGUACAUCCCAGUUUGUAUGGGAGUAAUGGCAAUACGAAUGCUUAAGCCCUUAUAUAAUUUUUUAAUUGUAUAUGUUCUUUUUGUUGUUGGUACU